AUGGACCAGUUCAUUCUGACAGGAAGCCACUGGGAUCCUACAUUCCAUACCCCUAAUUACUCACAGCAUGCCGACGACAUCCACACCGAGAACAGUGAUGAUCUCCAAUGGAUCGACAACCUAUCUCACUUCACGAAAGCCGGCUACCUGCAACUGUCAAUCGUCGUCAUAUCAGUCCUCUUCGUCAUCAGACACCUGCUUCACCGCUCAUACUCCGAAACCAAUCGGCCUAAGAGCAGUGCCUCGACCAUCUCGUUGGCAAUCGAGCUAUGCAGCCAGCUCCUGCGCGCCACCUCGCUGGCCUUCAUGAUCGUGGCCGCCGUGCAGCAAGGAGGCAAAUGGACCAAUGUCGCUGCUUUGACCUAUGCUUUCCUGUUGGGGCUAUCGCGGCUGGCGAAUGAUAUCAAAUGGCGACAUGUCGCCUUACACCACGUGAACUUUGUUCUCGCUGGUUCGCUGCUCGUCAUUGCGGCGGGAGAGCUGCUGCCUUCCAUCGACGCCGAUCAUGAGGCAAGCUUGAAUCCGAUGAUGAUAUGUAGCAUAGCCGUCUUAGCUGCUGCUGUUUUCGUGUCUCUAAGCACGCGAAGAGAAUGGAUUCCGCCGUCACUGGAUCUUGAGUUGUCGGGGCUGAUACCCACUCGAGAACCCUCACCUGAGGAGACCUGCAGCUGGCUGGAAUACUACAUUACCUACGACUGGCUCACUCCACUGAUCUUGAAGGGGCUACGUCGCCAGAUGACGACUGAAGAGCUUCCCAGACUUCCGUGGUAUGAUGAGCCGCUCUUCCUCCUCUCCCGAAUACUUGAGGCUCGUAAGAAGUCCAAGUCUACGCUAUGGACAUUGCUACGCUUCUUGCCAGGGGAGUUAUUCGGUAUGACUUGCUGGGCUGUCUUUAAUUUCGUGGUGGACCUCAUAGCCCCUUUCGCCAUUUAUAAGCUACUGGGGUUUCUCACGAAUCCUGAACGAUCCAGUUACCGGCCCUGGGUUUGGCUGAUACUAUUGUUCGUCGGUCCCGUCGGCCGAUCCGUAUCAUUUCAGCAAUACAUCUUCAUCUCCACCCGCUUGGUCGUGCGAGUCAAAGCUGCGUUGACGCAAGAGCUCUACUACAAAGCCAUGAGCUCUAUGGAGUUGGACGACGAAGUUUUUGCUGAGAUUGCGACGGCAGGUAAGGAUAGUGACAACGCCAAGAAGCAGCAGACCACCACCUCGACAGGUCGACUCGCAAACCUCAUGAGCGCUGAUGUCGAUGCGGUCACCAACGGCAGAGACGUCAUUUUAGUAUUCUUUGGGAUACCUGUCGGAACCGUUGUCGCCCUGAUCGGGCUUUACAGGCUGCUAGACUGGCCAGCUCUUGUCGGGAUUGCCACCAUGGUGGUUCUGUCACCCCUACCCCUAUUAAUCGCUCGGAGUAUGGUUGGGAUCCAGCGCGAGAUGAAGAAGAUCCAGGACUCCCGAAUCUCAGUCAUAUCAGAAUACUUGGCUUCGAUCCGAGCAAUCAAGUAUUUCGCCUGGGAGGAUGCUAUCAUCCGGAAAGUGGAUGAAAUUCGACAUGGUGAACAGAAGAAGAUUUGGAGUUUGAACAUGCUAUUCGUCGCGCUGGGACAGCUAACGGAGUCCAUCCCAACCCUGUCACUGUUGCUAAUUUUUACACUGCAUGUGCUUGUACGCAAACAACAGUUGACCGCAGAUAUUGCCUUUACAUCGAUCACGCUGAUCCGAACGCUGCGCCGAAACCUAUCCAUGGCAUCUGGCAUGUCGCGAAAUAUUACAGCAGCUGGUGUAUCUAUCAAACGCCUUGAUCGCUAUUUCAACAAUGUCACGCCCUUGAAACCUCAUCCAGUCGGCCCUCUUCAGAUUAAGAAUGCCACCUUCAGACGUCACGAAAAGGCUACCUUUGCGCUGAAGGACGUCUCUAUCGACUUUGUGGAGGGUGGCUUGAAUGUGGUAACAGGUCAAAGCGGCAGUGGAAAGUCAACUUUGCUGAUGGCGAUACUUAGCGAGACUCUCGUCGAGGCAGGCUCUAUCACGUGUCCGGAGGAUAUCGCGUACGCGUCCCAAAGCCCAUGGCUACAGAACGAGACGAUCCGCGAAAACAUCCUUUUCAACAGUACUUUCGAGCAAGUUCGGUACGACCGAGUCAUCAAUGCUUGCGGGCUGCCGAUAGACUUUAACGAGUUCGCCGAACGAGAUGAGACUGAAGUCGGCGAGAACGGUGCUUCAUUGUCCGGCGGCCAGAAAUCUCGAGUAGCUCUCGCUCGAGCUCUCUACUCCAAGGCUCCCGUCAUUCUGCUCGACGAUAUCUUCUCAGCACUCGAUGCCAAGACGUCCGCAUUACUCUGGGAAGAAGCUUUCUGUGGCGAUCUGCUGAAAGGGAGGACCGUCGUGCUCGUCACUCAGCUACCAUGGAUUGCUCCACAGGCGGAUCUGUCGAUAGCAUUGGAGAAUGGAACCAUCAAGGGCAUCCAGCAGAACCUAGGUGUCACCCAGAAAUCUGUGACACUGGACCAGAUCCAGGUGGAUGAAGGCAGUGUUGAUACGACCGCCGAAGUCACUGCCACAAACGCCGCAGAGACCAACGGGACACAGGCCAAUGGAACGUCCUCUAAUAAGCAAGUCAAGGUUACUGAAGCUAAACGCCGCGACGAAGUGACGCAAGAAGCUCUCAAGACCGGGCAGACAGCCCGUCUCCAAUUCUUCUCAUACAUGCGACUAUUUGGCAGUCCUUUCCAUGCCCUGCUCGCAAUCGUCAUGAGUACUCUCAGCACCGCCUCCUUCGUUGGGACCGGUCUCUGGAUCGCCGUCUGGGUUGACGCCUACGGAAAGGACGACGCGUACGAUAUCGGGUUCUACCUAGGCAUAUACGCGGUAUGGAGCCUUGCGGAUACCGUCUUCGGCGGCCUGACGUACAUUGCCUAUGAGAGUGGAGGCUGGUUCGCAGCACGCACUCUACACACCACGUUCAUGAAAGCCGUGAUGAGCGUGCCCCUCUCGUGGUACAAGGCGACGCCAGUUGGCCGGAUUGUCAACCGCUUCUCGCGCGAUAUGAGCUCGAUCGAUACUUCAUUGGCGGGCAUGCUCCGUAUGAGUAUCGAGGCCUUCACCAGGUUAUGUUUCCAAAUCGUAGCCGUUGGUUCUGUUCUUCCUAUCUUCAUGGUCCCUGCUGCGGCUUGCUGUACCUUUGGCAUUAUUGCAGGAGAGAUGUAUACUCGUACAGCUGUAGCCGUCAAGCGGCUGGUCUCAUCGUCUCAGUCGCCACUGUUCGCUCAGUUCGCAGAUAGUCUUGCUGGGCUUCCUGUCAUCCGGGCCCGGACCGGCAUGCCGCAGGUGUUUGGCAAUCAGCUUGCGCAGAAGCUGCGGGUCUACGAGCAGGCUUCCGAAGCGCAGUUCAACUGCAACCGCUGGGUGGCACUGAAAAUCGACAUGAUGACGACGUUUGUGACGGUCGCGGCGGGCGCGAUAGCUGUGUCGCAAGCAGGUGUCGUGGCAGCUGGUGUUGUCGGGUUCUCACUGACCAACGCAACGACUCUCAACCAGAUCAUCAUCUUACUUGUCCGAGCCAUGAACGAACUCGAAGUCGAAUUGCAAAGUUUCCACCGAGUUCGAGAGUACGCCGCCGUAGAACCGGAAGAAAAAACGGAUGAGUACAAGGAUGCUGGCGCCUACUCUGAUAGCCCAGAGACUAUCAUGCCUAAAAAUUGGCCUCGGAAUGGCGAGGUCGAGUUUCGAAAUGUCACCAUCAAGUACGACUUGGAAGGCCCGGAGAUCUUGAAGAACAUCAAUCUCAAGUUUGCUGCCGGCGAGAGAGUCGCUGUGGUCGGGCGGACGGGAUCGGGAAAGAGCACGCUGGUCUUGUCGCUGCUUCGUUUCACCAACAUCGUCUCAGGCCAGAUCCUUUUUGACGGCAUAGACAUCACGAGCUUCCCCCGCAGGAAUCUUCGAGAAGCCCUCACCAUCAUCCCUCAAGAAGCGGUGCUGUUCAACGGGGACGUGGCAUCCAACCUGGAUCCGACAGACGAAAUUCCAAAGGAGACGAUCGAGAAGGCCUUGGAGUACUGCAGCGGGAUCGCAUCCUUCCAAUUCCACCGCAACGACGGACAAGCGCAGGACGGACACGGUCAGCCAAACGGCAACGGCGCCUCUGACUCCGCUGACGCGCCGACCGACCUGGGCAUCAACCUGGCGACGAGCGUGAAGGCCAAGGGCGAGAACUUCUCCCACGGCCAGCGACAGGUCCUCUCGCUUUGCAGAGCACUCGUCAGGAAGAGCAUGCUGCUGCUGCUGGACGAAGCGACGGCGAGCAUGGACUACGAAACUGACCGGGGCAUCCAGGAGGUGCUGAGGAAAGAGCUGAACGAGCAUGGCAGGGAUAGAACUUUGGUCACCAUUGCUCAUCGCCUGAAGACGAUCAUUGAUUAUGAUCGCGUCGUGGUGAUGAGCGCCGGGACGGUUCUGGAGGUUGGCAGUCCGAAAGAACUGUACGAUGCCAAGGGACAGUUCUACGAUAUGAUGCGACAUAGUGGGGAGUUUGAGGACCUGGAGAAGAUCCUUGGCGCGAAUUCAUAG